GUUUGAGUAAAAUAUUUAUUACUUAUUAUUUUUAUUAAUUUUAUUACUACGGUGUGCGUCUUAUAUUUUAAUAUAUGUAUAUAAGUUCAAAAGUGUAAAAAAAUUGAACGAACUAAGCUAAAAAUAAAAUUUUAUUUUGGUCAAAAAUGAAUUCUGAUAUUGAUAUGGAGGAUCAGAGUGCUGAAAAUGAAGACUUUGAAGCCGUUCAGACUUUAUUAAAAACAUAUAGAUCACAUAACUAUAUUGAAAAAAGAAAAGCCAUAAAGAGCAAUACAUUUCAACAUCCCUAUAAUAUCAAGGAGAGCUUAGGAGAAACGCUUGGAGAUAUAGUUAUCAACUUGAUACCUAAACAUGAAUUGGAACAGAUGGAGGAAAACGAAACAGUACCACUAAAUUUCGAGGUGACGGCGAAAAAUGUAUUAUCAAACAACAUAAAACUAACACCAGCGGAUACCGGUGAUAAAACUAUGGAAUUAUACUUCAAUACAAUAAUGCGCGUCGGUGAACGUCUAAAACAACAAGCUGAAAUUAAACUGAAUAAUGAACAUGACAAAGCACUUCAAAGAAAAGUUGAACAGUUAUUAGAAGAAAAAAAUAAGGUUUUGAAUGAGAAGAUUAGACCCGUUGAAAGAGCAAAAUAUGAAAAAAAUUUAGCUGUAGUUGUGGACGAAUUCAACAAUUUCAAGUUCGCUAAAGCCAAACAGUGCAUUAAAAUGAAUAUAAUGAACAAGUGUAAGAAAGAAAUAGAAAAUAAUUCGAUUAUGCUUGGGCGUUGUUUGAAAAACAUUUUGAAAAUGUCCGCAGAAAAAUUGGAGAGAGAGAUGAGAAAUGAAUUUUAUUACCAAAUGAAAAUUGCUCGAAGUGAAUUGUACGAAGAAUUUAUGGAUGAGAAACGUGAAUGUAAACUUUGCUGGGAAAAGAAACUGAAAACGGUGAAAGAAAAAAAUGAUAGAGAACUGAAACAUUUGAAGGUAUCAAUGGAGGCAGAGUACAUACAAAACUUAACCGAACUACAUCAUUGGUAUGAAAUACAAAAGCAAAAAAUAAUAUUAGAAAAAUUAAAUAUGAAUGGAACCAAAUCCUAAAAAAAAAAAGAUGUGAAAACUCCAACGUCCAACAUAUAUUGAUUGUACCCAAAUAAAUACAACACAAUAUCACCGAAAAGUUUAAUGAAUUCGUAUCACAUACUUUCGUAUAUUAAUUACAAUAUAAUAUUGAUUACACGGUCUUUGAUCAUAAAUUUACCGGUCGCACACAAAUAUUUACCGAUAAUAAUCACUUAUUAUUAUCAUACAAUAUGUUGGCUAUACUAAAAUGUUGUGUUUUUUUAACAAUUUAUAAACUUUUGGAAUAAAACAUUUUUAAUAUUUGUUUUUAAA